AUGAUUAUUAAACAUGUUCUUUUCUCUUUCAUUCUAUUUGUAUGUUAUAUUAUUAAAUAUGCGGAAGCAUAUUUACCUGGAAUGAAUCCGACGACCUAUAAAGAAGGUGAUCCAGUUAUAAUUAAUAUCAAGAAUUUAUCUAGUAGAAGGGCUGUUACCACUUUAGAUUAUUUUUCUUUUCCAUUUUGUUCAUCUAAUAAUUCAAAAUUAAGUGGAGAGAAAGCACCAAAUAUUUUUAAAAUUUUAUUAGGAGAUACUCUUCAUGAUACAAACAUUGAAACCACAUUUUUAAAUGAUAAAAAAUGUGCAUUUUAUUGUAAAAUAUUUAUUGAUAAUAAUGUAUAUGAAAAGUAUAAGCAUCUAAUAUUAUACAAUUAUAAUAUUGUAUAUUCGGUUGAUAAUUUAGAAAUAUUUAGAGAAGAUCCUAAACGAAAAGGAUUUUACUAUACAGGAAUACCCAUAGGAUAUGUUCAUGAUAGGAAUUAUAAUUUAUAUACCUAUUAUAAAAUCACCAUACUAUAUAAUACACAAGGUGGAUCUAAUUCAAACAAAUAUUAUAUCGUUGGAUUUGAAGUAGAACCACAGAGCGCUGAUUUUACAAUCAAUGAUGAUUGUGUUCAGAAUGAAAGUACUAUGAUAAUGGAAAAAAAUAAAUUUGUUACAUUUAAAUAUGAUAUAAGAUAUGUUAAAAGUGAUAACUCUUUUCAACACCGAUCAGAACAUUAUUAUAGAAAUUUGAAUGAUCAGAGCAUGAUACAUUGGUUUUCUAUUAUUAAUAGUAUAAUCCUCGUUAUUUUAUUAUCCUUUUUAUUAAGCACCAUAUUAAUUAAAGCACUACAUAAAGAUUUAAAUAAAUACAAUAGGAUUAAUACAAAUAUAUUUGAAACAGAUGAUAUGGAUGACAGAGGAUGGAAACUAGUUCAUGGUGAUGUUUUUAGAAAACCAAGAAAUUCAACCUUCUUUUCAGCAUUUGUAGGUGUUGGUAUUCAAAUUAUGUUUAUGAUACUUGUGUGUGCAUUAAUUUUAUUAAUUGGAGUUUAUAAAUAUAAACAAAGAUAUAGAUAUAUACAAAUUAUGUUUUUUAUUUGGAUAUGUAUUAGUAGCAUAUCUGGUUAUGCUUCUUCAAUUUUAUACAAGCUAUUUAAAAGUAAACAUGUCAAAUUAACUAUUUUUAGAACAUCACUUAUUUAUCCCUUUAUCUUGUUUCUUAUUUUUUUCCUUAUAAAUCUAGUAUUACAUUAUGAACACUCAAACACAGCCAUUUCAUUUUCUUCUUUAACGACCGUAUGUAUUUUGUGGUUUGGAAUAUCUGUACCUUUGAUUUGUCUCGGAUCAUUUAUAGGCAACAAAAAAAAACCAAUCGAAUUACCUGUACGUGUUAAUAAUAUUCCAAGACACAUUCCAAAACAACCAAUGUUAAAUUCAUUCCUAGUAUCAUCCUUUAUUGUUGGAUCAAUACUCUUCGCGACUAUGUACACAGAACUUUUUUUCUUAUUUACGUCAUUAUGGAAAAGCAAUAUGUAUUAUUUAUUUGGCUUUUUAUUUCUGGUAAUAUUUUUAUUAGGCUUAUUGAGUGCCCAAUUAUCAAUAGCAUUAACGUAUUAUACGCUUUCCUGUGAGGACUACAAUUGGUGGUGGAAAUCAUUUGUUGCACCUGGAUCAUCGGGAUUGUUUCUCUUUUUAUAUUCCAUUUAUUAUUUCUUUAUUAAAUUAAAUAUAUCAAGUUUUUCAGAAACAUUUAUUUAUUUUGCCUAUUCAUUUAUUAUGUCUUAUACAUGUUUUAUAUAUACAGGAACAGCAGGGUUUUUAGCUUCUUUUGCUUUCCUGCGAAAAAUAUACUCUUCCAUAAAAGUUGAUUAA